CGCGGGGCUUCCGUGCCAAUGUCAGAAGCACGCGGCGCUGGAGCGGAGACGCAGCGCGACUUCGCCGGUGACAGAGGACAAGACAACCCCGAGUAGCACGUGGAAGCUCACUGCUGUGACAGAGCCGAACGAAAGGUGCUUUAAGAGGCUUCUAGUCUACCUUACCUGGCUAAGGGAGACACAGACCAGCCCCGCAAAGUACAUACAGUGGAAGAGGAAGUAUAGAAGAUGAGAUAGAAGAUCAAAGAGUGGAGAAGAAAAAGCUGCAAGGGUCCAUCCCAUUUCCCUCUUUUUGUCUCUCUCUCUCUCUCUCUCUCUCUCUCUCUCGCCCCCCCCCCCUCCAUUUUGUUGCCUUUCUCAGCAUGAGGCUGAAGGAAGAUGUGAACCCUUUGGUUUUUGUCUUGUUUAGAGUGGUGGUAUGGCUCUAUUCUCUGCUGACAUACCUACCAGCUCUGUUGCUGGGCUAUUCCAGCUCAGGCUCCUUAAGCCACCCCUCACAGUGGGUCAAGGCGCGCUCAGUGAGUGGACGUCCAGCUGGGCCCUACCGGGAUGUGGCUGCUCUGGACAGACUAACCACAUGUCUGCAGCCAGGUGUAAACACCUUGGACAGGGUGUUUGAAAUUUCAGCUCAGCGCUUCUCCAAGCAGGACUUCCUGGGGACCAGACAGGUACUGCGUGAGGAGGAGGAGAAGCAGGAGAAUGGGAGAGUGUUCAAGAAGGUGAUACUGGGAGAGUAUCAGUGGUUGUCAUAUGGGCAAGCAUAUAGAGCAGCAAGGGACUUUGGGAGUGGAUUACUUGCUUUGGGGCAGAAGCCCUGCAAAAACAUUGCCAUCUUCUGCGAAACCAGAACAGAGUGGAUCAUAGCUGCCCAGGCAUGCUUCAUGUACAACUUCCCGUUGGUGACUCUCUACUCUACCCUUGGUGGUCCAGCAAUUGCACAUGGACUCAAACAGACUGAAGUUUCCCAUAUCAUCACUAGUAAAGAGCUUCUGGAGACCAAGCUCAAGUUGAUUCUAAUGGAAGUGCCGAGACUCCAGCAUAUUAUUGUUGUCGACGACAAGCCCAUAUCCUGGCCAGGUUAUCCACGAGGCAUCAGUGUACACAGCAUUGCUACUAUACAGGCACUUGGAGCCAAGCCUGAAAAUGUCUCCAGACAGAGGCGGUCUCCUUGUCCUGGUGAUAUUGCUGUGAUUAUGUACACCAGUGGCUCUACGGGGGUUCCCAAGGGUGUCAUGAUUUCCCAUAGCAACCUCAUUGCGAGCAUUGCUGGAAUGGCAGAGAGAAUCCCUGACCUUGGUGUGAAUGAUACAUACAUUGCAUACCUACCCCUGGCACAUGUCCUAGAGCUCAGUGCAGAAAUGGUGUGUGUGGCUUACGGCUGUAGAAUUGGAUACUCCUCGCCCCAAACACUUGCGGACCAGUCUACGAAGAUUAAGAAGGGAAGUAAAGGAGACAGCACUGUUCUACAGCCCACAUUAAUGGCAGCUGUACCGGAGAUCAUGGAUCGCAUCUAUAAGAAUGUGAUGCUGAAAGUGGAGGAGAUGGGUGUAGUGCAGAAAACUCUUUUUAUACUGGCCUACAACUAUAAGAUGGAGCAGCUGGCUAAAGGCAAUCGCACUCCACUUUGUGACAAGCUAGUGUUCCAGAAGGUGCGAGUGUUGCUGGGUGGGCGAACACGGGUUUUGUUGUCAGGUGGUGCACCUCUGUCAGCGGCAACACAACGUUUUAUGAAUAUCUGCUUAUGCUGCCCUGUGGGCCAGGGCUAUGGCCUGACUGAAACCUGUGGAGCUGGAACCAUCAGUCAGCUCUGGGACUACAGCACGGGACGGGUAGGAGCUCCUCUGGUCUGCUGUGAGAUCCAACUGAAAGACUGGGUUGAGGGUGGUUACCAGAGCACAGAUAAGCCCUGUCCACGGGGGGAGGUUCUCAUUGGUGGCCCCAGUGUAACCAUGGGUUACUAUAAGAAUGAAACAAUGAAUCGAGAAAAUUUCUUUGUGGAUAAGAAUGGCCAACGGUGGUUCUGCACUGGAGACAUUGGCGAGUUCCAAGCAGAUGGCUGCCUCAAGAUCGUUGACCGUAAAAAGGAUCUGGUGAAGUUGCAGGCAGGGGAGUAUGUGUCUCUGGGGAAAGUGGAAGCCAUGCUGAAAAACUGUCCUCUUAUUGACAACAUCUGUGCUUAUGCCAACAGUGAUGAGUCAUUUGUAAUCGGCUUUGUGGUGCCCAAUCAGAAACAGCUAUUGUUACUGGCAGAGAAGCGGGGCAUCUGUGGCACGUGGGUGGAGAUCUGCAGUAACCCUGUAAUGGAGGAGGAGGUGCUAAAGAUCAUCAAUGACACAGCACUGGCAGCCCAGCUGGAGAGGUUCGAGAUCCCACGAAAAAUCUGUUUGAGCUCAGAGCCAUGGACUCCAGAGACGGGCCUUGUAACCGAUGCUUUUAAACUCAAACGGAAAGAGAUAAAAUCACACUACCAGCACGACAUUGAGAGGAUGUAUGGCAACAUGUGAAUUCAGAUCAAAACUAAGCUAGAUCUGAAACUUAAAUAGGCCUUGAUGCUCACAAGUAGAAACUUGUAUUAUGAUAGCCACAGUCAGAGAUAUCUGGCCUCUGCAAUCAAGACAUUUAUCAUCUUUCAGUUUUACAACACAUGGCUGACAAAAAUAUACUUGUAAGGAACUACAAAUAUGAUUUUUUUUUUUUUUUUUUUUUAUGUAAUUCUAAAUUGUAACAAGAGCUUACAACAAGAUUCCUGGUUUGUUUGUAAAUUCUGUAAAAAAUGCUAUGCAUUGUAUCCAGAAUAUUACUGUACAUUUAGUAAAGAAUGCACAAUAACUGCUCAGAGAAGAGGUCUCAAACUUUCACACACAAAAUCUAAUAACUUGUGGUAACACUUUGGGGCCCAACCAAAGACUAAUUACUCACAAUGACACCCUUUACUCAUAUAAAGUGUUCCCUUCCUCCACAUCUUGUGUUUUCUUUAUAUCCAUAUGUGGCCUUUGGCUGAGAUCCAAUUUGUAUACUGUCAUGAUUCUUUAGCUGAUCCUCAUUCCCACACCACCAUGCAUACAUCCUCAACAACUGAUCUUUCUUCCUGCUAGAUAUGUGAUGGAAUCAGAGGCUGGGAGAAGUAUGCAGUUUACACAUUCAGUUUACAUGUUUUACUUGAUAUAUUUAAAGUGAUGCAAAUCUCAAAGUAUCCAUCAAAACAUUCCUGCUGACUGAUUGCUUUCUUUUGCUGAUUGGUUAAAAUAAAGAAAAUACACUAUAUGGCCAAAA